CGACACCAAUCCGAUCCGAUCCGAUCCGAUCGAACCACACCAGUCGGAACGACCAACUAGCCAACCAACCAACCCACCCACAGCAAGACAUCCGACCAUGUUCUGCCACGGAGACCCGCAGGCCCUGUACCGCCUCUCCGGCGUUGCGGCGGCCGUCUCCCUCCUUCCCCUGGUGGCCUUGUUCUACGCGGCCAUCGUCUGGUCCUCCUACGCCUUUUACCGCGAGAUCCCGUGGUCGCACGGGCCGUCCCUGAGGGCGAUGGGAAAGCGGUGGCUCCUGGUGGUGGCCUCGUGGCUGGUUGCGAUCGGGGUCGGGGCCGCCUGCGGGGCCUGCGAGAGCAACACAAACAGCGGCAACACCGACAACAUCGACAUCGACCGCGGCGAUCCCGGGGGCUGCCUGGCCUGGGCGGCCCUGGCCUGCGCGGCUGGCCUCGCGGUGGUGGCCUUCCGCUGGAUCCUGGACACCCGCCGGUCGGCGGUCGUCGGGGUCGAUGCCCCCCCCGGGCCCUUUGGCCUGGAGGGAAGGUUCUUUGUCGUGACGGGGGCCAACAACGGCAUCGGCCGGGAGACCACCCGGCUCCUGGCGGCCCAGGGGGCGACCGUCGCGAUGCUCUGCCGGAACCCGGUCCGGGCCAAGAACGCGGCCAGGGAGAUCCUGGAGGAGCAGUCGGUCGCUUCCGCCAACGAUUCAGGGGGCCGGACGCCCCUUGUCCGCAAGGACCAGCUCGUCUUUGUGCCGAUCGACCUGACGGACUUUUCCUCGGUCCACCGGGCGGUGGGGGCCAUCCGGCAGCACCUGGACCUCCGGUCGUCCCCCCAAAAACGGGCCCGCGUCGAUGCCCUGGUGUGCAACGCCGGUGCGUGUGUGUGUGUGUGUGUGCGUGCUUUUGGUGUUUGGAUGCUGUAGUUUGUCUCGUGCAACUAUCUCCAAUGGUUCGGUGUUGGGAAGGGACGAAACUUCCAAUGGACGGGGACGGAAACGCCCCGGUGCCGGUGGCAGUGGCCCUUGCACCCGGACCCGCUGUGCACGGCGAAUGGCUCACCAACGUUUGUUCUUGUUCUUGUUUUUGUUUUUGUUCGCCGGUGUCUUCCCUUGGUCCGCGUUGCCCUAAUAACGCUUGCGUUCCUUUCCCGUGUGCACCGCAUUCUCUGGCCCGUGUGCACCACCCGCUCCCAGGACUCAUGAUGGGGACCCAAUCGAAAACCAAGGACGGCCUGGAAACCAUGAUGCAGGCCAACCACCUGGGCCACUUUUUGCUGACGAAACUGAUGCUCGAAAGCGGAAUGCUGGAGACGACCGUGGAAGAGGGAGGCACCGGCGAACCGAGCCGCGUCUGCCUCCUCACCUCGUCGACCUACGAAUUCGCGGCCUCCGCCGGGGGCUUUGAUUUCGAGGACCCCUAUUGCAGCAAGGGCAAACGGGCCUACACCCUCUUUGGCCAGUAUUCCAUGACCAAGCUCGCCAACCUGCUGACGGCCAGGGAACUGGCGAGGCGGUACAACGACAAGAACCACAACCGUGCGCUCGCCGUCUUUGCGGUCCACCCCGGCAUCGUUCGGACCAACGUGACCUCCAACAUGAACUGGUACUACCGGCUGGGAAACACGGCCUUUGGAUGGAUCGUCGCGUCGCUGUCGAAAACCCCCGAGGAGGGGGCCUACUCGACCGUGGAGGUGGUGGGGGCCCCCCUUUCCGAGCUGGGAGACUACUGGUCCAGGGGGUCCUUUGUCGUGAACUGCAGGGAAUCCACCAACACCCACGGCUACGUGAGGGGGCCCGCCGGGGAGCGAGACGCCGGGAGACUGUGGGAGUGGAGCGAGGAGCAGCUGGAGCUCUUCGGGGCUGCCGGUGGCACCCCGGCGAAAGCCGCCGAGGCGGGCGAAAAGAAAGAGCAGUGAACAAACAGACACAGCACCCGGUUUGCCGUCUCCGUGCCCCGGUCGAAAAGGCCGGGCGUCGACAAAAACAACAAUCAUAGAUAACAGCCUAAUGUGU